AUGGGAGGAGGAGGAGGAGGGGGAGGAGGAGAAGCAGGAGGAGGUGGAGGAGCAGGAGCAGGAGCAGGAGCAGGAGCAGGAGGAGGUGGAGGAGCAGGAGCAGGAGCAGGAGCAGGAGCAGGAGCAGGAGCAGGAGCAGGAGCAGGAGCAGGAGCAGGAGCAGGAGCAGGAGCAGGAGCAGGAGCAGGAGCAGGAGCAGGAGGAGUAAGACCAGGAGCAGGAGCAGAUAGUGUCCUGAAGUUGCUCGAACUUGCUGAGGGGAUGCCUUACAUAGUCAGAGGGUCUGCUGCCGGAUCUCUCGUGUGCUACAUGCUCGGAAUUACUCACAUCGACCCUGUCAAAGAGAAAAUGUCGCUCAGUCGCUUCAUGAACGCGUUGAGAAAAGAUCUGCCAGACAUUGACAUUGACUUCCCUCACAACGAGAGAGACAAAAUCUUCGAGAGGAUUUUCCGUCUUUUCCCCUCUCAGUCUGCGAGGAUUUCAAACCAUGUCAAGUUUCGAGAGCGAUCGGCCAAACUUGAGUCUGCCAGAAGACUUUCACUACACUGCAGGAUACCCAGGGGGGUCAGCCCGGGCGAGUUCUUUCAAGGCCCCGUCAAGCUUCGCUACCAGGAGCUGGCCAGCAGCCUCGUCGGUCGCUUCCGCUGCUACUCUCUGCACUGCGGGGGCCUCGUCAUCCUCGAUGGGGGAAAGUCGCACGUGCCGGAGGAGCAGCUGGUGAAGGAGACGCGGGAAAGGCCGGGAGAGCGAAAGUUUCUUGACAACCAGGUCAAGUGGGACAAGAGAGAUUGUCAAGAGCGCAAACUUUUCAAACUUGACAUCUUGUCAAACCGCGGGCUGUCGCACUUGUGGAGCAUCUCAAGGAAGCAUGUGUACGAGUAUCCAGCGGACGACCAGCAGACGGCGAAGCUCUUGCAGGAGGGCGACGUGAUAGGAGUCAUCUUCUGCGAAAGCCCGGCCAUGAAGAAAGUUUUGCGCAUUCUCGCUCCCUCAAACAGACGAGAGCUUGCGCUCGCUCUCGGUCUCGUCCGACCAGCCGCGCAGGAACUGCUCGGGUGCUCAGAGGCCAGCGCGGAGCUACUGAGGAAGGCCUUCAUCAAGGGCGACCCUUCCUUCCAGCUCGAACUCGAGCGCGGCAUGGCAGUUGGAAACUUCACUGCGAUGCAGGUGAGAGAUGCUCUGCUGAGGUUGGCCAACACAGACAAGUACUCCUUCUGCAAGAGUCACGCGAUGGGAUACGCUCACCUCAGCUGGGCUCUUGCUUACGAGAAGGCGCACAGCCCAGCUGCUUUCUGGAAGAAGCACGUUGAGAUCCUGCUCGGCGAUUCAGAAUCCGUCUACCGCCCCUGGGUCUACAAGCGCGAGGCCUUGUUGGCUGGUGCCUCGCUGGCGGAGCAGCAGCAGCCGAGCCUGAGAGGAGGAGAGCUGGAGCCUGUGGAGCAGUUCAUGAGGUGGGGAGUCUGGCUGGGAAGCUCGUUCCUGCCAGGAUGCUUCUUCGAUACCAGCAGCAGUGUGACGGGGGAGGAGACGACGGCGAAGUUUCGGGGAGUCUGGGCGGCAGGAAGGAGGUACAAGAACAAGGUUUUCUUUAUCACUCUCGGCGUGGGCAACAAGCAGUUUGUCGACCUGGUCUGCGACGUUUCUAACCUGCGCGUGGGGAUGGAGGACUUUGACGAGGCUGCGUCAGCAGCCUUCCUGUGGGGCGACGGCCUCCUGCAACGAACCAACGGCAACGUCAUGGUCCUCUGCCGCAACCUCAAGUGGUCUUAG